UUCUACUCCUCGCGUUAACCGUGAAUUGUGAAAGUGCAUUUUCGUCCCGCAACGGCGCACUUUGUAAAAAUCCGCCGAUUCUCGAAUUGAAAAUCUGCCUCGUCCGUACCCCAAUUUGGAUAAAAUUUGAUCAAAGUGGCAGGGGCGGGACGGCACUUGUUGCUCGAUUGUUUUCGGCGUUGCAACCGUUGCAUUUCGGUUGCAAAAUACUCCAAAGGCGAUUUUGCCUUCGCUGCGGGUUAAUUUCGCUCGAAUUCGCGGAAUUGUGCGUAGAAAUACGCAAAAGACGACCGCCAACCCACUUAUCCAUUCGAUUUUCGUCCCCGAUUUGCGGUGAGUCAGCGCCUCUGGCGGUCGUCGCGGCAACUAGAACGAAUACGUAGAUUCUCGAAGUGGCACAGCAUGAAGAAAAACGCAAAAAACGGCGUAAUAGUGCGGCCCAAGUGAUCGAAUUUGGUUGCGAAUCGUGCAGAAGAUGUGCGUGUUUGUGUGCGAGGGUGCGGAAUGUGCCGGACGGUGGUGAGGACACGAAAAAUUCGUUUGUAAACAAACUGAAUCGAGGCGGCGAUUCCAAGAUGGCUGGGUUUUGAAGGACCUCUUUGUCCGUAUGUCAGUAUGAAAGUUGAGCUGUUUGCCCAAGAAAGGAGGAUAGAGAGGGAAUGCAUGACAUGUUCAGCAGCAGCAGCAGCAGCGGGGCGGUGCAAACAAAAAAACGUAAAUCAGAGCACUACAACAGCGUCGACAAUACCAUCAACAGCAACAGCAGCAGCACUAACAGCAAUCCAACAGCUGAUCCAUCGUUCGUGCCCCAAGAGUCAGUGUAUGCAGUGACUAAUUUUAGUCAGACUGACUUAAACAAUGCAAGUCCGAGUAAUCAGCAACCGUUUGUACGCGCAUCGACUAUCAAACUUAUAGAUACGUACCAGCGCUGCGGCCAAAAGCGUAAAGCCUGGUCGCAGGAAGGUAAUGGUGAUAGCGGCGAGGCUAUUUCCAAUACAGAUUGCAGCAGCUCAGCAACCACGACGGCCCACAGCAAGGUUACAGCGGCUCCGGGGGCGAACCCCCAGCCGCAAGGUAAGAAAAAAUGUUCUGGCAGUGGAGCGGACGGAGACUAUCAACUCGUACAACAUGAGGUGCUCUAUUCGAUGGCAAAUCAAUAUGAAGUACUUGAAUUUCUUGGACGGGGGACUUUCGGACAAGUCGUCAAGUGCUGGAAGAAGGGCACCAAUGAAAUUGUCGCGAUUAAAAUACUCAAAAAUCAUCCUUCGUACGCCAGACAGGGCCAAAUCGAAGUGAGUAUUUUGUCGCGUUUGAGUCAAGAAAAUGCCGACGAAUUUAAUUUCGUCCGUGCGUACGAGUGCUUCCAACACAAGAACCACACAUGUCUCGUGUUCGAAAUGCUCGAACAGAACCUCUACGAUUUUCUCAAACAGAAUAAAUUCAGCCCUCUGCCGUUGAAAUACAUUCGGCCCAUUUUACAACAGGUGCUGACCGCGUUGCUAAAACUGAAGCAACUUGGCUUGAUCCAUGCCGACCUUAAGCCGGAAAACAUCAUGUUGGUGGAUCCAGUGCGUCAGCCGUACCGCGUCAAGGUCAUCGAUUUUGGUAGCGCGAGUCACGUGAGCAAAGCAGUGUGCAACACUUAUUUGCAAUCGCGUUAUUAUCGCGCCCCCGAAAUUAUUCUCGGUUUGCCGUUUUGCGAAGCUAUCGACAUGUGGUCGCUCGGUUGCGUUGUCGCCGAAUUGUUUCUGGGAUGGCCGUUGUAUCCGGGAUCGUCCGAAUACGAUCAGAUCAGGUACAUAAGUCAGACGCAGGGACUACCGACCGAACAUAUGUUGAACAACGCGUCGAAAACGACGAAAUUUUUCUAUCGCGACAUGGACAGUACGUAUCCGUUUUGGAGGCUGAAAACGCCGGAAGAACACGAAGCCGAAACGGGGAUUAAGUCGAAAGAGGCGAGAAAGUACAUUUUUAAUUGCUUGGACGAUAUCGGGCAGGUUAAUGUGCCCACGGACCUGGAAGGGGGGCAACUGUUGGCCGAGAAGGUGGACAGGAAGGAGUUUAUCGAUCUGCUGAAGAGGAUGCUAACGAUGGACCAGGUAGAGCGACGGACGACUCCCGGCGAAGCUUUGAACCAUCCCUUCGUCCGUUUGGCCCAUUUGGUUGAUUACGCGCAUUGCAAUAACGUCAAGGCUAGUGUUCAAAUGAUGGAAGUUUGUCGUCGUAACGAUUACAACAGCACGGCUUCCGGUUCGCACCAUCAACCAGCACAGCAGGCGACAUCUCUCGUCAAUUUCGUGCCGGGUUCAAACGGCAACGUCACAUUCACAAUAAACAACCAACUGACCAAUCAGGUGCAGCGACUAGUCCGAGAUCGGUCCGGUUACGAUAAUCUUUACCAAAUAUACAACGGCCGUACCGUUGGCCGCCAAUACACCACAAGUAGCCGAGCCGAUCCCUUUCAACACCAACUCGUUUCAAGCAUUUUGUGUCCUGGUUACCAAGGCAUGGGUGGUUCACCCGCCAAACACGUAGCGGUGGUCCAACAGCCACCGUUACAAAUCCAACAGCCGAUUUUCAGCCAACCGGGCCAGCAACAGUACGUCCCAGUGAGCGUUGUCGAGCCCACUGGAAGACAAAUGCUGCUGACCAAUGCCGUGCAAACAUCAUGGCCAACCAAUCGGCAACAAAUGGCCAUCGUACCAUCAUGGCAACAAAUACCGCAACAUGCCGCCAUACAACAACCGCUUUUGUCCGAAGCUGAAUGGGGAAGGCCGUUAUUGGUCGAUUCUUCGGCCAUUUUGCAAGAACAACGGCCCGUUUUACCGGUCGAUGUCGCGACUGAAGUUUACAAUUCGGCAAUUGUCGAUCAUUCCGGAAGCACGUGGGGCACGAGUAAAAGAAGUUCAAAGAAUCAUCAUAUGCAGCAGUCGAACUCACAUCAUAGUCAUCAUCAUCUGAUGGUUCCGACGCAUCAUAGGUCGCAACAUGAUAAGAAAGAGCAAACACAGUUGAGUCCGGUCAAGAAGAGGGUGAAGGAAAGUACGCCACCGUCAGAGCAAAUCAAUUACAAUCGAAGGAAUCAUAGUCCAAAUACGUGGCAACAAGUAAAUUCGCACGAUCAUCAUUUGCAAACGCAUGGCAGGCAACAUACAAUCACUAUAAACGACACACCGUCACCGGCCGUUUCCGUUAUCACUAUCAGUGAUAGUGAAGAUGAGGGAACACCGGGGAAAAAAUCGAAUCGGGUCAGUAACAACGUCACCAAUCGGAAAAACGUCAUCAGUUGUGUGUCGGUACCGGACAGUGAUAACGAAGAUCGAAGUUCGUCAAAGCAUCGUCAGUCCCAGCCUUACCAGCAGCAAGUGAUCAAAAACGAGCCGACUCCGACCACGAAUUACGCGUCGGUCUCGCAGAAAAAGCGUCUUUUAGCGAAAGCCCAGUCCGAGUGCAUGCUGAACGUGCCGACCAAGCAAGAACCGGGAAUUGAAUAUCACCGCUCAAACGAUUACAACAUGUCGCAACAAUCGCAUUGCAGUUCAGCGUGUAAAGAACCGAUUCAGGGUUAUUACGGUAACGGUUCGAGUCAAGAUCAUCAGGUGGUGUAUACGUCGAGUGAUAAGAGAGUGUCGUGGGCGCCCCCGGUUGCACACAACCCAAGUUCGCACGGUGGACAUAGGAGGCAUUCGGCGGUGCCGGUUGUGAGUUUGAGGGAGUAUAAUAUACCUACUCAGACUCAUAAAGAGUAUAUACAGCCGCCUGCAGCGCACACGACGAGAGAUAAUCUGGCCGUAGCGAGGGAACAACAUCUGCUGGCGCCGGGGAAAAGUUGGGGACCGCCACAAGCGAUACAUCAGAGUUAUAGACACAGCAAUGCUCACCUAUCGCCCCAGCCACUCGCUGGUGCCCCCCGAUUAUCGCCGCAACAUCCACUGGCCGCAGCCGGUCAGCCCCUUUACCACCAAACCGAAUUAUACCGUCGGCCCGUCUACGUAACGACAGCACAACCGGCUUAUCUCUCAGCCACGCAUCAAGUGGCUCCAGCGGGUCGCGCCCUGCCGCCGCCUCCAGCUCAUCAUUCAAGCGCUCGUCCGGUCUUAGCAAGCCACACCAGUCAUCCAUUGCCCGCUCAUCUACAAUUUCCGUCGCAAGUUGCGGCCGCUUCGUACGGAUUCGCCCCCUUAAGUCCCGCCAAAAGUCACCAAUACCAACCAGCAAGCUUGUGGUUUGCCGAAUAAGCCACCAAGCGUAAAUUUAUCAUUAGUUUUAAACGUUAUCGGUUCGAGGUAAUAUUGCAUAGUUUCUAAUUUGUCAUUUUUAAGUGUUUUUGGUAGGUUGUAGCGGUUUUAAUAUGCAAUGUUAUCUUUUUGUUUUAAGUGUUUUGUGCAAUCUUUAUUAUUCUCAAUUAUUCAGGUACACUAACGCUAAGUUGUAAUCAGUUGCGUAGAGGUUACACGUUAUAGGUUCUUCACUCAUUUUUUAUUUUCUAGUAUUACGAAAGGUUACUUUUCUAUGUUUUAAGGGCAUACACUAGCUUUAAUUUAUUAUUAUUUUGUAAUCGAUGCAUGAAGUGAUUAAUACAAUAUGUAUGUAUAUACUAGCAGAAAAAAUCAAUUGGAUUUAAAAAAAUAAAAACAAGGGAAUUAUCUUGUAGAAUAGUAUUUUCAUGCAGAGGUAGUGUCCAAUUUCUGUUAAUUUAUUGCAUAAAAUUAUUCAAACUGCCUUCAUAUCAAAAUGAAUAGUUGAAGCAUUUUAGUCAUGUUAGUCAAUUAGCGUUAUUUUCAUUGUUACUUGUAAAUAUUUGUUUCGACUUUGAUUUAAUUCCAUGGAGCCGAAGCGGCGUUCGAUCCGAUCUAAUGGAAUUACUUAAAGUACAUGAUUGUUACUAAGUUGAUGUGCAUUUUAUUGUAUAUUUAUUUUAAUUUUAUGCUUAUUAAGGUUACGUUUUCUGUCAGGAUGUGGUCGAUUCACAUUUAUUCGAUACGCUUUGUUUGCUAUUUUAGGUGUGGGAAAGCUUCGUCAAGCUUGAAACCGUGUGUCAAGUGAUUUUCUUACACGUGUCACAAAUCUCCCCGAAUUCACUAAAAAAUUUACUAGUCAUGUGUGUAUUGAAGCGGUUUUUUUGUGUGACGUUUAAGAAGAAUCAGUUCUAUUGGUAUGUUAAUAAAAACAAUUGAUGUGCCUGUUAAUAUUAUGUAUGACCCUCUUGGACGUACACUCUAUGUUUGACGUUUCAGAAAAAAACAAAAAAAAAUUAACAGUGUGCACUAGCUGUCUUAAUGUUUUUUCAACAGGGAUUGACGUCAAUAGAGUUGCGGCAUAUAUAGUUGUGAUAUUUAAUAAAUCAUUUUAAUUGUAUAUAACGUAUAAUUGCCUAAAUGUAGGGUGGAAAUUCGUAAAAAUUACUUUUUUUCGGUUAGGGUAAUAGUUUUUACGGGUUUCGGCAUAUUUUAUUUAGACUAGAGUACGAUACCUAUAACUCUAGAUGGUAGAGUAUUAAUGGUAGUUGUACAAAUAAAUAAUAUUUUUGGAUUGUGUAGACUUAGAUUUGGGUAAUGUUCAAUAAUAAUCAGGUGUUUUUUGCGUAGAGUUUUCUUCAUGCAUGUCGAUGUUUUCAGUCUUUCAGUUCCUUGACAUCGCCGCCUUUUUGUUAUUUUUGACAAGUGUGUACUGUGAUGAAAAAAGUUUCUCGACUUGUGUAGGUAUCACUCUUUCUAUUCCACUUUCGUAGUUGGUUUUGAGACUUUAUAAUGCCUUAUUCUCAGAACAAUAUUAUAGUAACUCGCAGAAUAUUUUUAAAAAUCUCAGACGAAAUAUAGUGGACAAAUAAAUUUGUUUGUUGUAAAUAAUUAUUGAUAUUAUGUGAUACCGACAUGUUUAGCGAUGACGUUCACUUUUUCUCUGAGUUUGUAAUUGCUUCUCGUUUCUAAUAAUGCACAGGGUGAAAUGUUUAUACUAAAAAUGAAUAACACAGCGAAUUAGUGUAGUCUCGUAGCAUUUGCCAAAUUUUUCCAUUUGAUGUAUGAUAAUCAUCGAAGUUGCUUUCGGUUUUUUCAAUUUUGUUUUAAGACUGGCCUAUCUGUAUAAUUGUUAGUUUGCAUAUAUCUGCAGUAUUAUAAUCUUUCAGCUUUAGUUGUACAUAAUAUGCUUUUAAUAUGCAAGUAAUGCAUUUUUAUCCUAUGUAAUUGGUACAAGUUUAGUUUUAAUCCUCUUGACUAUUUUGUAUUCGCUCCUUUCUAACAUAUAAGUCGGUCCCAGAUUGCUGCGCAUUGGCAAAUGCCAUUCUAUCGGAAUAAAUUUGCAAUUUGGAACCAAUACUACAUGUAUGUUAUCGUAAAUUACGCCACAAUGAUGCGAUUUAAUGUAUUGUGGAUCGUUCUGUGUAAUAUCAAAAUGCAAAAAGCACAAUAAUUCAAAUUACCUCAAUUAAAACUAACCGAUCUCUCUAUAGAAUUGAUUGAAAUACAUUGAAUUGUGUUAUUACACUCAUAUAUCUGGCUUAUUAUUGGGUUGGUUUAUUUUUUAUAUUAGUUACCACACAUUUAUGUAUAGAAACGCUUAAACUGGUUGUAGUUUUUCUAAUUCUGUUUUGCGAUUAGAUCAAAUUUUAUAAUAUCAAAAUGUAAUCACUUCCGAUCUGAUAUGUAAUAACUAUUUAAGAUUUUUACUAAUGAUCUAAAGGCUGCACUACAGAAUAGAAUCAAAGGGGAACCGGGAAAGUGUCUCUCGCCGUUUCAAGUAUCCCAAAUUAAAUUCGAAGCGACCGUUUGGCAAUUUCCCGGUUUGUCUCUUGUAGAUUUACUAUAUUAUUAGUGUUACACAAGACUGGUGUAGUUUGAUGUCAAUAUAUAGCGAAAUUAGAGGUGUACGCACCGAAAUUUAUAUGGUGAUAGGCUGUCGUAGUGAGUUAAUCUUAAUGUAUAUUGUUAAUUAACUAACGUAACCAUUUGUAUAUGGAAUGUCGGAUUUUUUUGGUGUUUAUUUUUUUACCGUAAUCUCCCCAAGUGAGUUUCCGCGACUUGCACCGCACACAAAUACAAAAUGAUGAAUAGUACAAAAACAUGUUGCAUUGUUUAAAUAGAUGUAUAUUUAUGAAGUGUAUAUAGGUUGUGUAAAUUCUAGAAAAUCACGUACGAAGUAUACGUUGUCAAUGACUAGAUUUGGGUUUGGGCCCGAAUUUAGUUGUUGGGUGCGUGUGUUAAUUUCCGUUUCAUGUUUGGUACUAGUAAUUCUGUGAUUAAAAUUUUUUUGGCUGGCGGAAGUGGCGGAAGUUUUUUGGGGGAAUUACACUUAAUAUAAGCAUGGGUGAUUUAUAUUUAUUUAAGUACAAAAUGUAUAAGAUGGUUACAGUUUUACUAAAAGAACUACUAAAAUUUAACACUGCUGUUUUUUAUCUCAAAAGUAAUUAAUUAGAUUUUGGUGAUGUAGUGUAUGUCAGUCAUAAUACCUACUCUAGCUGUUCUCAACUGUAAUGUUGCACUUGAUAAUUCCCGUAAUUCUUAGACAAUCCCAUAAGGAAUUUAUUUCAAAGUUAUUUUUUCGAAACUUGUAAAAUUUAUAAGCUUAAAUGCAACUUUUAAACUAUACUAAGUAGACGAAAAUUAGAAGAAAUGUAUAUUAGGAAAAUUGGUCCUACGAGAAAAACUCUGUUGUAUACUGCUAAUGGAAUGAUUUGAUAGUGUAGUAACCGACAUAUCAUUUGUGUUUAUUUCUCCGACUUGUCGCCUAUUUUCGAAUUUUUGUUGAUUUGAACUGUGGUAUUUGGAAACAUUAGCAGGGUACAUGACUUUUGUGAUUAUUUGUGACGUCCAUAUUUUCUGAAUUCCCGAUUUCAGUUCGUUUGGGGCGAAUUCAGAACUAUAUGUUACUAAAUUCUUGACUGCACAUACUGACUGCAUUAAGUAACCUGCCACAACCGUGUUAGUUGGACCAAAAUAUUUAAAAAUCACAUUUUCAUGUUCGUACAAGUUAUCAAUGUUCUUAUAAAAAAUAAAACUAGAUAUUAAUGUGAUUUUGGCCUGAAACCGUUUGUAAACUUAAUGUAACAUAGGGAUAUCUGCAUGUAACAUAGAUUUAUAAUUGUAAAGCUUGCAUAGGAUUUAUUAAAUAUUUUAGUAUGUUUUUCUCUAUAUUUGAACUAAAUGUUGCCUUUUUGUCAGAAAAAUGUACAACAUCUGUGCUGAUGUAGCGGCACCACGAGAGGUGCUUUUGGCAUUAAUAAACAGUCUAUCCAAGG